UUGUCAGAGCCAAACUUGAAGAUGCAGCUAAAGUUAGGCUUGCAUGCCGAGGGGUCUCGGGGUAUAUAAAGCCCCCUGGGAUCACCUUGUUCCAUGUCACUUGUUCACUCCCUCUCACAGAAGCAGCAGCAGCAACCAGCCACCAGCUACAAUGGCACCCAAGAGAGCUAAGAGAAAGGCAGCCGAAGGUGGAUCUUCCAAUGUGUUCUCCAUGUUUGACCAAACACAGAUUCAGGAGUUCAAGGAAGCCUUCACUGUCAUUGACCAGAACAGAGAUGGCAUCAUUGACAAGGAUGACUUGAGGGACACCUUCGGAGCCAUGGGUCGUAUGAAUGUAAAGAAUGAUGAACUUGAGGCAAUGGUGAAGGAAGCCAGCGGCCCCAUCAACUUCACUGUCUUCCUCACCAUGUUUGGUGAGAAGCUGAAGGGAGCUGAUCCAGAGGACGUGAUCAUGGGUGCUUUCAAAGUCCUGGACCCUGAAGGCAAAGGCACAAUCAAAAAGCAGUUCCUUGAAGAACUUCUCAGCACACAGUGUGACAGAUUCUCCCCAGAGGAGAUCAAGAACCUGUGGGCUGCUUUCCCCCCAGAUGUGGCUGGCAAUGUAGACUACAAGAACAUCUGCUAUGUGAUCACACACGGAGAGGAGAAGGACCAGGAGUAACCUGCUCUUCGCUGACCAAUUCCACUCUUGUCUCCCUUGGGGCCUGAAGAUCGCCUGCUGCAUAGCUAUUUCACCUCAUCCUUUCCCUCAGUGCUAGAUCCUGUCUGCAAGCAGUCCAAGCAGAUAAUCUGUUUCAGCCUCAUAUAUUUUAUAUUUUUGCUUCUUUUUUUUCAAUUUUUAUGAAAAGAGAAAAGCUACUAAUGAACUAGCUGGACCAAGGAAACCAGCAGGCUGACUGCUUUAUUUAUUGUCGGGAACCCGUAACGAGGUCACCCGGUGGUAAUAGACGUCUUAAAGGGAAUGGGAAUCUUAAGAGCUCUGCAGUUCUCAUGCUGUGAUGUAAAAAAUAAAUGUGUAAACAAAUAAAUAUCUUUGUCUUUUUA